ACUUGGAUUAUCACUUGCUUUUGUCUUCAACUACUCCUACUUAAUCCUCUUGUCAAAGCCCAGAGUUCCUGCGGGAAUCCAGUGACAGAUGAUGUGAAUGACAUUGCAAAAUUGGUUGGAAAUCUCCCAAAUGAUUAUGUGAUAACCCUUAAAUAUGUCCCGAAGAUGGAUAGUCUGCCUAAUCACUGUUGGUUGCAUUUGAUGGUGCCUGAAUUUUCAAAGAGUCUACAUUAUCUUCUACAGAAGUUUUCAGAUAUUUCAGAUAUGUCUGAUGUUUUAAGCAACUAUUCAAUCAUCAAUAAUCUCACAAGGAUAAUUAAUGAUCUUAUGGCAUGUCUAGCUUUUGAUAAAAAUAAGGAUUUUGUAAAAGAAAAUGGUCACCUUUAUGAAGAAGGUCACUUCGUUCCUAAGGAUUUUUUUAGUCACUUUAAUAGUACCAUUGAGGUCUACAGGGAGUUUGCAGACACGUUGGAUAAGAAUGACUGCAUUCUGCCUUCAACAGUAGAAACACCAGAGAAUGAUUCCAGAGUCGCUGUCACAAAAACAUUUUUGUUUCCUCCUGUUGCUGCCAGCUCCCUUAGGAAUGACAGCAUUGGCAGUAACACUAGCAGUAACAAAGAGGCACUUGGCUUCAUUAGCAGCUCCAGUCUGCAAGGGAUCAGCAUAGCACUGACAUCAUUGCUGUCUCUUCUUAUUGGCUUUAUUUUGGGAGCCAUAUACUGGAAGAAAACACAUCCCAAAUCCAGACCAGAAAGUGAUGAAACUACACAGUGUCAUGACGGUCAAGAGGAAAAUGAGAUAAGUAUGUUGCAGCAAAAAGAAAAGGAACAUCUACAUGUGUAG